AUGAACUCCUCUGGGAAUGAUAACUGGCACCCCGGCGGCCUGCCAUCGCACCCGGGGAUGGAUCAAAUGAGCCAACAACCUCGCCCUCUAGGCUCUUUCAGUCAAAACCCACCGCCUCAACAAGGCCCAUCGUCGCAGCCUACCGGACCCGUUCUUCCACCAGCUGGCCCCUAUCAUCCGGCGAGCCAACCGGCAGGGCACUCACUUCCCGGCCUGGCAGAGUUGAGCCAGGGCCAUGCCGGCCCACAUCAACCUCCUGCCUAUGGACAGCACCCUUCUGCUCCCUCCCAUAGCGCGGGACAUUCGCUACCAGGCAUCGGCCAAGCGAUGCAACAUCCUUCUCCUCAGUCCAUUAACAGAGAGCGUGAGCUAGACUCGAGAGAGCGCGAAUUGAUCGAAAGACAGCGUCAGGAAGAGAUGGCCCACAGAGAGCGUGAACAGCGUGAGCGUGAACAACUUGAGCGACAACAGCUGGAGCGACAGCGGGAACAGCAGCACCACCCGGUUCAAAGUCAUACGGGGUCGAUUCCUUUGCAUCAGCCUGUAGCGUCGAAGGUACCGAACUCCAUACAUGGCCCCAAUGGUCUUUUGUCCAACCUGGGGUCGAAUCCACCCAAUGGUCCCCAAGGGUCUAUGCAGUCGUCUGGCGCUCCCGGUGGCAUGUAUGGUCCGCAAAUUCAACAUGGAGAGGGAACUCCCAGGUCAUAUAUGCAGCACCCUACUGGGCCCCCAGGACAGCCCAUGAUGGGAUUCAACGGAUCUGGGCCUCAGAUCCCAGGGAAUGUUGCUGCGCUUGCCCAGGGUCAACAGCCAAUCUUAAACGAUGCACUCAGCUACUUGGAUCAGGUUAAGGUACGAUUCGUCGACCAACCAGAUGUAUACAACCGUUUCCUUGACAUAAUGAAAGAUUUCAAAAGUCAAGCCAUCGAUACACCUGGAGUCAUUCAACGCGUCUCUACUCUCUUUAACGGUCACCCUGCUCUCAUCCAGGGUUUUAAUACCUUCCUACCACCUGGUUAUAGAAUCGAAUGUGGGACAGAUGACAACCCAGACGUCAUUAGAGUGACCACCCCCUCUGGCACGAACACUAUCAGUAUGCCCCCGCGCCCACGCCACUCGAUGGAUUCAUCUGGUGACUUGGGUCCCUCUGGUGGGAUGGCUCCUCAUAAUCGACCUGAGUUCUUUGACCAAUCUCGAUCUGGCUGGCAGCAACAUCAACCCCAGCAGCAACAAAGCAACCUUCCUGGCUCCUACUCUCCCGGAUCUCGCAUGAUGGGCCCAGGUAUAUUCGGGCAGCAAGGUGGACAGGGUCAGCCUCAAGACCAUCACUUUGACUACCCCACACAACAGGAACAGCAAGCAGCGGCGGGUGCAGCAGCCAUGGCUCAUGGACAGGACCAGCGGGGUGUGUCGCAGCUUCAGGGUGCAGCUUCUGCUGCCUCCGCGGGUUUAGGCCGCCCUUCUCUUAUGCAGAUGUCUCCCGCUUCAGGACAAGGCCCUAGCUUAACGCAGCCUAUGAGCAGUCUGGCUGGUGUCGGAUCAAAUAUGCUUCAGGGCUCGUCGCAGGCGGAUCUGAAGCGUGGACCUGUGGAGUUCAACCAUGCAAUCAGCUAUGUUAACAAGAUCAAGAACCGCUUCGCGAGUGCCCCUGAAAUAUACAAGCAAUUCCUUGAGAUCUUACAGACAUACCAGCGCGAGUCAAAACCUAUCCAGGACGUCUACGCUCAAGUGACUCAGUUGUUCAAUACCGCGCCGGAUUUAUUGGAAGACUUUAAGCAAUUUCUGCCUGAAUCCGCUGCUCAUGCGAAGCAACAGGCCGCUGCGCGUCAGGCAGAGGAGGCGGCUCCCAUGAGCAAUGUGCGUGGAGAGCCCGGUUAUCCCAGCGCUAACGCUCUUCCAUCUCAAACUCCCAACCGUGAUGUUAAAAUGCCACCUCUCGGCCAGUUCAAUGUUAAGGACUCUGGUAAAGAAGGGAAGAAGCGCCGACCAGGGCCUGGAGCUCCAUCAACGCUGGGACCAUCACUCUCGGGGCCUUCUGCAGGAGCUGAUGCAGCACGAAUGGGUGAUGUUCAGGGGGGUCGACCACCAACGCUCCAGCCUGGCAAUGCCAAUAAGAGAGCCAAGGUUCACCAUACAAAGCCGAACCAGACAGAAGCUCUGGCAGUUUCGCCAACUCUUGUUCCUGCACUGCCCGAGCCAAUUCAACCGACGUUCUCGCUUACACCAACUCAAGAGGAAUUCGCAUUCUUCGAUCGUGUUAAGAAAUACAUUGGGAACAAGCAGACAUUCAGCGAGUUCCUCAAACUUUGCAAUCUCUACUCGACUGAUCUCAUUGACCGGCAUGUGCUUGUAAAACGGGCUGCCGGGUACAUUGGCUCUAACCCCGAACUCAUGGCGUGGUUCAAACGGUUUAUGCACGUUGAGGAGCCUGAAGACAAGAUUAUCGAGUCCAAGCCAAAGCAAGAGCCUGGACUUGUCAACCUUUCUCAUUGCCGCUCUUUGGGACCUAGCUAUCGCCUUCUUCCGAAGCGGGAGCGUCAGAAGCCCUGCAGCGGCCGUGAUCAGUUGUGCUAUAGUGUUUUGAACGACGAAUGGGCUUCACAUCCCACUUGGGCAUCUGAAGAUUCUGGUUUCGUGGCUCACCGGAAGAAUCAGUACGAAGAUGCACUACACCGUAUCGAAGAAGACAGACAUGACUAUGACCAUCACAUUGAGGCUUGCACUCGCACUAUCCAGCUGAUUGAACCCAUUGUCCAGCAGUUCCUCGUUAUGUCCGAAGCGGAGAGGGCCGCCUUCAAGCUUCCUCCUGGCCUCGGUGGCCAGAGUGAGGCGAUCUACCAACGCGUCAUCAAGAAAAUAUACGACAGACAGCUUGGUGACAAGAUUAUCCGCGAGAUGUUUGAGAGACCUUGUCAUGUCCUACCCAUCGUGUUGUUUCGUCUGAAGCAAAAAUGCGAGGAGUGGAAAGCUAGCCAGCGUGAAUGGGACAAGAUUUGGCGCGAGCAGAUGCAGAAGGCCUAUUGGCGGAGCCUUGACCAUCAAGCUAUUGCUAGCAAAGGAACGGACAAGAAACUGUUUGUGGCGAAACACAUCCAGAAUGAAAUCCAAAACAAGUUUGAGGAGAGCAGAAAUCUGCGCAAGAGCGGGUUCCAGGUCCCCAGACACCAGUUUGAGCUCACCUUUGAUGAUCCGGCAGUCUUAAUUGAUGCCACUCACUUGCUUCUGACUUUCAUCGACCGCAACUCUGCUGGGUUUGGUGCCGACCCCCAGAAGGUUAUGACAUUCAUCAAGGACUUUAUCCCGGUAUUCUUUGGCAUGGACCGUGAUACCUUCCAUGUGUACAUGAACGGGCUGUCCACGGGAACCUCUCCUACUGAUGAGGCUGAUGAUGAGAGUCUGGUUGCGGAAGAGUCUUCGACUCCUCGUAGUCGCAAGGGCCUUAAUGGAAAGAAGAUGGACCUUUUGCGCGACGUUCUGGAGCGUCGCAGCGAGAAGGCUAAUCGGACAGAGAAAGAAGGAAGUAGAAGCAACCCUGCCAGCCGUGAUGGCACUCCAGAUGCAGUUCUAGUCCCAUCGACACCUGUUCCCGACCCUACCGAGACUUUCGACGUGGCCGAGCUGAAGUGGAUGGAGCACCCCGGCCAGGGAAAUUUCAAUCUGGCACGGGAAUACACCCUCAACGAGUCAUAUGAGAAGAAACAACAUCACUUGUACGCCAAUUUGAAUAUCUAUUGCUUCUUCCGCACGUUUGAGAUUCUCUAUACGCGCCUGCUUCGUAUCAAAUUACACGAAAAGGAUGCUCAUGAGGAUGUGCGCCGCGCCCUUAUGGCCAAACCUGCUCAGGAACUUGGUCUUAUCGACAAGGUUCCUACUGAUUUCUUCUAUGACUGCGAUCCGAAAGCGAACUUGUACAAUCAGAUUGUCCGCAUGUGCGAAGAAGUCAUCAAAGGAGACAUGGAGUCCUCCAACUUGGAGGAGACUCUCCGCCGCUAUUACCUACGAAGUGGCUAUCAGUUGUAUAACCUGGAGAAGAUGUUCGCUGGUAUCUCAAAGUUUGCUGGUGCCAUCUUCAACGGCGACUCGAAAGACCGCAGCUCCGAUAUCAUCAACGUUUUCUUCAAGGAGCGGGACAGGGAGGAAACCACUCACAACCAGGAGAUUCAAUAUCGCAAGCAAGUUGAAAGGCUGGUUAAGGACGGCGACAUCUACCGCAUUAGUUACCAACCGAAUACCAAGAAGACUACCGUGCAACUGUUAACCCCCGAGGACGCUACCUUGGAAAAUGAGGAAUUGAGUCAGGAAGCGCGGUGGUCAUACUACGUCUCUGCUUACACCAUGCGUGACCCAACAGAAGGCGUGCCUUUCUCUCAGUUGCGCAUGCCAUUCCUCAAGCGGAACCUACCUCCUAAGCUCGAGCAGGAAGAAGAGUACAAUCGCUAUUACCGCCCCCUUGUGCACCAGGAUGGCCUCAUCAUCCGAAUCUGCGCCAACAGUUACCAUAUUUUGUAUGAGCCCGGUAGCUACGAUUGGUGGUGGCGUCCGGCCGCUUCCCCGGAUGAGUCGGCUGAGGAAAUUGCCAAGGAAGCGGCGGCGAUUAAGGAAAGGCGUCGCGAUAGGUUCACUGAGCGAUUCGUCAAUAACCCCAUGUGGGCGCACGGUCUUAGCAAGGAUCAGGUGGACGAGAUGAAUCAGCGUUUCCGUUCUUGGGUCAAGGGCACCGAUCCCGAGAAUAGCGCCCCUGCUCCGGAGGCGCCCAGCUCGGAUAAGAAGGACGACAAAGAAGAUACGGAGAUGGCUGACGCUGAACAGAAUGCUUCUGAUUCUAACAAGGAGGAGUAA